CUCAAAUGCUGUUGAACAAAUGUGCAAAUAAGCAAAUUGUCGGCUCAGUCCGUACUGCGUUCUUAUACGAAAUAGUCGCACUUAUCAAAGCAAACAGAACUUUAGAGAAAAACGAGUGAUUUUGCUGUUAUUUUCAUAAAAAUUUUCACGUAUUUGUGGCCGUUUUUUAUUAUUCGUUUUAUUGUUUUUCGAGAAUUUCGAACGGUCGGUGUGAAUUUUGUACAUCUUAUUGAGUCUGGAUUUGUUCCAACCUCAUCAGUAUUUUAUACGUAUUGUCCUUUGAAGAGUAAUUAACCAAAGAUCAAUCACUUUAUUACGAAAAGCGGGUUUUAAACCACAUUUUCUAAUCCAAAGUAUCAACCAUGAAUAAGGAGCCGGAUUUCACAUACCAAGAGAGGCAUGAAGUCCUCAUGAAUCAUGUGAUCCUGCCACGGUAUUUACCGCAAGAGAGGUCGAAGAAUUUCCACAAUGAAGAGCUGGCUUUGCUAUCGAAUAUGGUGGAAAAUGUUGAACGUUUAGCCAAAUCAUUGCCACGCAACACGGUCAACAUGUUUCAUGGACUAGCCCGAGUGCACAAAACACUUACACCGUCGGUUGUGUCUACCGAAAUUCGCAAUCUUAAACCGGGCGAUACGUUUGCAAUGUUCGUCCGCCGUCAAAACUGCGCAAUGAUGAUCCAUAUGCCGCCAGAAAGAGGUGACGAUCGUGUGAUUGCAGCCAUAUUUCCUGGUAAUUUGCACCCAAAACACAUUUCCGCCGCAGAAAGUGAUAUCGAGUUCCAUUACCCGGUGCAAGCAUUAAAAGUGCCAUACUCUAAUAUGAUGCGUUCAGAAGAUUUUGCCGAUCAACUAUGUUUCCUGUUCCAAGAACUGCCGAUACAAAAGAAUGAAACUCCAAAUCGGAACUACGUAUCACAAUGGUUAAUAACAUUGCUCGCCGAUGCGGACAGCGAAACAGUGGAAGAGGAUGCAUUCCCUGUGAUUACGAAGAAGAUACGAGACGAGGUAUUGGGCGAAGAUAAAAGCAAUUUCUUUCGUCGAUCAAGCUUUUACAUGUGCCUAAAGGUGUUUUUGCAGCACAGUCUCACGGUUGAACUGGGGCCAGAGCCAGCAAAGCUACUGUACAAGAUCGUAAUGAUGCAGUUUAUCACCCAAAUGGUGGAUUUUUUCAACAAGCCUGACUGUACAACAUUGAAUACGGAUCUCAUGUCACAAGCACUGGCCAAAUUGGCACAACGAAUCGAAAAACUCAAUCAUUUGAUGGGCCAGUCGAAUUGUGAUCAAUUCAAUGAACUAUCCGAGCGUGUUGUGUUCCAAGCAAAAGAAACCAUUGAUAAAAUACGACAAAAAAUUGAUGACCAAAUUCAUAAGCUACAAAAGGGUGAUGAAGACAAAGCACAGCUCACACAAUUGAUUGACCUGGAUUUUGAAGCUGAUAUUCGUCAGAAAAUUCCACAAUUAAGCUUACACUUGGAGAGUCGGCUUUGUGAAAAAAUACCGAAUCGAUUCGGGUCUGGACUUCAAAUAAAGCCUAUCAAUCGGCAUUACUUAGACCAAACCAAUGCACCCAAUGUAACAUCCUUCGGUAUGGUGAACAAUGAAAUUGAAAGCAGUUUAAUUUGGAGUGAUUUCGAGAAUUGGGUGCUGUACACAUUGAAUUCCGAAGAAAACCGAUUCAAUCCGGAUGAUAUUCGCAAUUGGUCAUCAUGCUAUGCAAAAUUUGCUGAGGAAUUCUACAAAAACGAUCAACUGGGUACGAGCAAAAUGGUUUUAGUUCGCCUAAAACUGAUUGCUGUUCUUGAUCUGAAUGCAUGCAAUGCACAUCCGCUACUUGUAAAACAUCGCAGCGGUAUUGAACCGAAAAUAAUCGAUUCGUUGUUGAUUCCACAAAAACAAGACAUGGAAAUUGCAUACGAACUUGGUCGAUACUUUGGUGAACGAAAUUCCAAGGCAACUGAUCCGGGACUCAUCGAAGAAACUUCAAUCACCGUCAAGUCAUUCUCUGCCAUAUUCGCCGCUCAAAACGAGAGAAUGCAACAAGUUCUGGAGGAAAUCAUGGAAGUCGAGAAAAAAGGAAUCGAGGCCAAGCAACAGGAAUGGGAAAGGGGCCGAGAACGAGUUGCUAAGCUUCGGAGAGACAUCCCAGCGGUGUGCAGCUACUAUACCAAUUAUUAUGGUAACACUCACCAUGAUAAAUACUGUGCAAGAUGCCGAAUAACCCAGGAAAUCCAAAAUGUCAAAAUCCAGCAGUAUGAACGUCCAUUGCCGAAGCAUUCGUAUGAAAAGCAUGCCGUGGUCUUUGAACUGAAAUCACCCAUUGAAAUUGCAUGUUUGAGAGAUGUCCUCAUUGGAUUCGCCAAAUUCUGUGGCGGUCAAAGUGAUAAACGCAUGGAUAUCAAAGGAAAUUGGAUUAACUACCAUCAAAUCAGCCAUAUGAAUGCAUCGAAAAGCAAGCAAAAUCAUCUUGGCAGUACAGCAAAGCCCAACCUCCAUUUAUAUCACGUUGACUCUGCAUUCGAUUCAUUCGUUGUUGAAAAUGCCUACAAUUGUGUAUUCAAUGCGAAUGAACAAGAAUUGCCACCAUCCAUUUCUGAUGGACACAUCAAGAAGAUUUGCACUCUUAAAAUAGACGAAGAUGAAUACAGUGGCUUACAAUGGACAUUGAACGGAACAAAGCAUUUUCAAAAUGAGGUGAUUGCACGGCAAAAGGAGUGCCCACAACUUUUGUCAUUGUCAGAAUUCAAAAAUUUCGGAUCACUUCGUGCCGAUGGUCAUCGGUUGCAACUGCGUAAAAUGUACGCAAUGAUCGAGAGCGAGGCAUUGUCAUGUGAAAAAUCGUCUGUAUUGUCUUUGAUCAUUCAAACCCUCUGGGAAACUGGCGUUAGUGGUGACGGUGGCUCGAUCCGAGAGUCACACACCGAUUUUGAUGAUUCACAAUUUGCUGCCGCUAUGAUCGAAAUGCUGAGAAAAUUCUGCGAACAACAGAAAAACAACUGGGUCCAUCCCAUGAAGCUAUUGAUGGCCGCAUUCAUUGCAGUGCGAGUAUUCGAAAUAAACAGCGACGGAAGUUUGGUUGACCAAAUCGUUGGGCUUCUAAAAGACAUUCGUGCUAUUGCUCUGGACUGGAUUGAUAAAAUCGAAGAAGCCAUCAACGACAUAAAGAAUCCAAACUUGUCCAGCGAGCAAGAGCUACGCAUAAAAUUGGUGUUCGUUGCAAUAGCUGGAGCCGUCACAUUUUUCGUGCAUUUCAAACACAAAUAUUUCGAAAGAAUUUUCGUGGAUAAUCAACGUGUGCUGUCCAAAAAGGAAGAACGAUUCUCAGCGCCUCGAGUUUGGCUUCAGUUUGUCGUUACUUUAAGCAACAAUGUGCUGUUGAACGCAAAACAAGGCCAAUUUUCGUCAAAUCUGCGAAUGUUCCUGCGUCUUGUUCGCAACACAGGCAUUCAUAUCGAAUCAACUAUUCGGCCAAUGAUCGAUCAGAAUCCAAGUGAUGUUUUUGCUUUGGUCAAGCAACAAUGGACCCGGUCUGCAUCCGGAACAUUUGACCAAACUUAUUUCCAUCCAAAAUGCCCACAAAUUUAUGUGACUCAUGUCAGCAUCAAAAAUAUUAAAAAUUAUGUUACAAUCGAUUUGGUAACUGGCAGUUUUCUCGUCAACAACUUGCCAGUGGCUCGUUUGCCAAAUAACAUCACUCAGAGCGUAUUAUUUCAACGAGUGUUUGGCGACUUCAUUUUUGAAGUACAACCCGACUCACAAAAUAGCUUCUCGGCCGUUCACAAAUACAAUGAAUGCAGCUACGAAUUUCGUCGAGUGGGCAGCGGAACGGUGAUCAUUGAGCAACAAAACGGCGUUGAGCGUGAACUGAUUCCUCAUUCAAUUUUAGACGAUGAAAUUCCACAUCAUCUUAUCGACAGUUACAGCCACUUCUGGAAUAAAACCGAUAAUGUCAUUGAAUUCCGGCCAAAACUGUUCAGCGACGCAAAUUUCUCGAAGGAAGACGGCAUUGAGUAUCGACUGGAUUUGCAAGAAAAACGAUUGAUUCACAUAAAAACCCAACGAUAUAUGCUUGAUAUCAACAGCAACAGCUAUUUGAAGAUUGUGGACCAAUUGUCACGACUCGAGUCUCCGAAGUAUAUUCACGUGUUGAUGGACAAGGAUAAUUCACAAAUUGCGAAAGCGGAAUUGAUUCGAAUGCAUCUCAAAUUCGUGGUUGAUUGCUCAACGUCGCACGAAACAUACGACUUGAUCUCGAAUGAAUACAGUCGAAUGCGUGUGAGUCUUGCACAGAAAUGUGGCACUUUGUAUGGACUACAACAUGGUUUGUUGCUGGAAAGUGUUCCAUGCGAAAAUUCAUUUGAAAAAGUCAGCACAAGAAAAACAUUGACCAAAUUGCUGCUCAUUCCACACGGAAAUAUUCGAAUAGAGCGUUCACAGUCGCAUGUCUCCGUCGAAAUCAACAUUGAGUCGGAUUUGUACAAUCCUCCGUUCCACGUGUAUCAAGUUGAUGACUUCUGUCGUCAGCUAAAAGCCAGUAGCAGUAGCUAUUCAGCAUGGUUUUACUUGGCCUACUUACACGCAGUGACAUCACACGGCCAAGUGGAGCCAUUCAUUAAAAUGUCGGGCACUGAACGCGCACUGCAAAUAUUACAAUCAGGUUUCACAUGGUCUUCGGCUCCGUACGACGCAGAGUCCACAAAAAUGCUACAGUUAAUCGCACAGUUAUCGCCAGAACGAAAGACAGAAGAGUCAUGUCAACAAGUGACUUGGCCAAAUUUCAUUCCACCCCAUUCAGCGCAAGACACAUUUGUUUUCAUUGCUCAGCAACUUUUCGAAGAUAGCCAACGAUUGCAUGGGUUACAUUUUGAAACUCAAAAAUUUCAACUGAAAAUUGAAACACAAUUGAGCCAGAACAAACGACAAUAUCUUCGAUGCUUGUCAUUGAUGCCCAACCUCAAAGUGUCCGACACAUUUUUGCAUUACGAAACACCAAAAACCUCAUCGAUUAACAUGUCACAAUUUAGUAUAUGUUCACAAACACAAACCGUUUCAAAUCUUUAUCAUCGCCGUGCAUACAAGGUACCCACUGACCUGGAUUUGCCGCAAUUUCUCAUGGAGAAUAAAACACUGGAUGGUACAGCGAACAUGGAAAGUGUGAAAAAUUUGCUGAAGCAUAAAACAUAUGAGAAGUUUGUGGAUUUAUGGAUCCCCUUGUACGAGUAUGCACGCCAUGGAAAACUGAAUGACGAACAGUUUGCAUUGAUUUGGAGUGUUUUAACGCAUGAAGAGCAAUCAUUUUCACCAAUUUUGGCAUUACAAGCAAUUUCAAAGCAAGCGCACGUAUUUAAAUCGAUUGAUCCACCGAAAGUUGGACAAUUCAUUCUCCGCGAAGGUAAUUACAGUGCAAGUAAAGCAUCAAGCAUUUUAGAACGUUAUCGCUCACUGCCAGCAGGUUAUUAUAGUGAUGAAUUUGAUCGUGAUAGAUACAAUGCACGCAUGAAACGAGAAAUCGAUAACCUGACCGAUAUCGUCACAUCCAAGUGGCCUUGUGAUGACAUCGAUUUACAGCCUCAUUGCAAUGAGGCUGAUAUCAAUAUUCGAUCCGCAAGCACUGCCCUCAGUCAAAAUUUGAAGAUUUGGAAUAAUAAUCGCAAGCUUGGUAUUUUUGUUGAUAACGUUCAACAGACAUUGAUUUCUUUGAAUGGUUCAAUAAGCAUUCAGUUGCCAUUCUUCCAGGCGCUCACUGUUCCGAAAACAAUCAAUUGGGAAAAGUAUGCGAUUAACUUCAAACAGAAAAUGUGUGAGCGCAUCGGUGAUUUUCCAAAUGAAAUUAAAGAAGCAAAACAGAUUUGGUUUGGAACCAAACAACCCAACAAAUCAUCAGACGAAUGGUGGUCGAUUUACAAGAAAAUUGUGAAUGGUCUGAAUUCGCAACAUUUGAUCAAAGCUGGAAUGUAUCCGCGAGCAGUGCCGAGCUUGGUUGUACCGCAAAUCACAUCGAAGGGAAAUAGUGACUUGAAAGCCAUCGUUGGUGCCUUGGCUAUAACAAUAGCACAUGAACAACGUGAAAAACGCAUCGAAAUCUACUCGCAGCAAGAGCAACUCAAAGUGGCACUGGAAAAGGAAAUCGAGAACAAGCCCCAUGAGAACUGGAAGCCAUGCGAUUACCCAGCAUGGUUGUUGUUUGAAAUCGAACAAAAUCUCACGAUCCGUCGAGUUCAAGUCGAUGUGGCAAACCAUAUGAUGAACCCAUCGCAAAACGAAGGCGCGGAUGACAAGAAGAAACACUCGGUGAUGCAGUUGAACAUGGGUGAAGGAAAGACGGCAGUAAUUGCGCCGAUUAUAGCAGCGGUAUUAGCCAAUGGCAAACAGGCAUGUCAAAUUACCGUAUUGAAAUCACUCUUCGCAACCAAUCUGAAGUCAUAUCGCCGAUACUUGGGCGGAAUGCUGAACAGACGAAUGUAUGUGUUUCCAUGCCGUCGAGACAUGCCAAUCGCAAACUUUGUCGAUCAAAUGAUGAGCAUCUAUGAGGAAUGCAAGCAGAUGAAAGGCGUCAUUCUCACCACACCCGAAUGGAGACUGUCAUUCCAGUUGAAAACAUACGAAUCGAUACAAAAGUCGGAGUAUGGAAGCGCCGAACACUUUUUGGAUGUUCUUAAGUGGACCAAUAUGAACGUUCGAAGCAUUCUGGAUGAGUCUGACGCGAUUCUACAAGCAAAGUAUCAGCUUAUUUAUACUUUAGGCAAUCAAUUGCCACUGGAUGGAGGUGCACAUCGAUGGAUGGUUAUUCAGGCUGUCUUAAAACGAGUUCCGCAUCACAUGAAGAAGCUGAACGCAGAGCUUGGCUCAGAAAAGGUCGAAUUCGACGAGAAAUACAUCGAAAAAGGUCAUGUGUUUGGAGCACCAGCAGUCGACUAUCGUUCCGAUGUGUUCACACCAUGUCGAAUUUUGGAUGAAACAGUUUUUGAUGUAUUGAAAUCGUAUCUAAUCGAGGACUUUCUGAAUGGUAACAUCAAAAUUUCAUUCACUGAAAUGCCACCGUCGGCCAAAGAAGGUUUGCGACAAUUGCUGAGCGAGAAAAACAUCAACAAAGAAAAGUUCGAGGAGAUUUUGAAAGAUUUUUCAUUGAGCGAACGCAAUAUCAUCAUGGUUAUGUGCGGAUUACUUCGAUUCGAAGUCUUGAAAUUGAUUUUGAAGCGACGCUGGCGCGUGAAUUAUGGCGUUAACGAAAAGGGUAUUCGAAAAAUGGCAAUACCUUUCAAAGCCAAAGAUGUUGCAGCAGAUAUGACCGAAUUCGGGCAUGCAGAUGUGGCAUUGUGCUUCACACACAUGAGCUACUAUUAUUCAGGUCUCAGUGAUGAUCAAUUGAAGCAUACGUUCAAUCUCUUGUCAGUGUCUCAAGAUGCCAAUGGAAUUUAUCAAAAAUGGGCUGAUAGUGUAUCGCCCAAACUAAUCGAUGUAUCGAUUCGAACAUAUACUGGCGUCAAUUUGAGUGACCCACAGCAACGUGAAGAAAAGCUAUUCCCAGUUUAUCGCUUCAAUAUGCAUGUCAUUGAUUAUUUCCUAUCGAAAGUUGUUUUUCCCCGCGAAGCAAAGACUUUUGAGAAGAAGCUAAUGUGCACGGCUUGGGAUUUAUGCAGCGAUCACAUGAAUCAUCCAGUUACUGGUUUCAGUGGAACCAACGAUACCAAAAACAUUCUGCCGCUGCCAAUCGCACAGAAUGAUCUUCCUGAACUCGAAAGCACAAACGAAGACGUUCGCCAAACCCUGUUGCGAACUGAGAAUCAAGACUACGAAGGCUUACCAGAGAAUGUCAGUGGAACGGAAAUAAUCGAGCGAUUGGUUGAGCGUGAGAUUCCGGUGCUAUUGGAUUCAGGUGCAUUGAUGUUGGAACUGAAUAAUUUGGAAGUGGCCAAGAAGUGGUUGGAAUUGGCUCCAAAUAAUUCCUUCGAUGCUGCGAUUUACUUGGAUUCCCGUGACAUUCUUCAAACCAUCGAUCGAAAUGGUGUCAUAACCGACUUCGAUUGUUCAGUGUACCGUGAAAAUUUGGGCCGAUGUUUGGUGUACUUGGAUGAUGUGCACACACGAGGAACUGACUUAAAAUUCCCACCAAACUGGAGAGCAUGCGUCACUUUGUCUGGCGAUAUCACGCGUGACAAAACAGUGCAAGCAUGCAUGCGAAUGAGACAAUUGGGCAAGGAUGGAGGCCAUUCAAUUGCAUUCUGGGCAUCAUUUGAGGCUGAUGUGAAAAUACGAAAAUUCUGUGAAUUUGCUUUACCUCACAAUUGCCUUCCAAAUGAUCAUGUCAUUGAAUUCAUCUGUAAAAACAGUGAAAACUUCGAAACGGAAAAUACCGUUCAUUGGGCAGCAGGUGCAUACAACUACACCCAGAAGCUGGUUGGCCAUAAAUUGCAUGAACAUUUAAGUGAUGAAGUAUCGUUGACGAGCCUUUUGAGCACUUGCGUCGAUAAUGAAUAUGUGAAAUUGGAGGAAAUAUACGGUGACAAGGAGGACGCACGAUUGGUUGAUAUUGCCAAGGGAAAAUUCGAUAAAUUGAUUGAGAGUUUUAGACCAGCAUUGAAGAAUGAAGAAACGAGAAAUAAAGUAAUUCCAUUCAUAGAAACAAUUCAAGAAGCGGUCCGUGGUAAAAUCAUGAAGCAUGCACCGAAUGUCAAGCGAUUUGUGCAAGCUUUGGAUGAGGAACAGGAAAAAGAAUUAGAGCAUGAACUAGAAGAACAGCGUCAUGUCGAGAGACCGGCUGCAAUGAAUCCGGCCAAACCUGAAUUCGAUGAGCAGCUCAAGAAAUUGGUAUUAUCGGGCGUCGAUAUCGUGACAAUCGCAGAUUUGAUGAUAAGAGGAACACUGGUCUCCCUUGCCAAUGGGCUCGAUAAAACCCAAUUGAUUCAAGAAUACGUCAGCGAUUCAGAUGCAUGGUCCAAUAAUCUGUUGGUUACAAAGGAUUUCGUUCAAGUUUUGUCAAACUUGUCAUACGCUCGAGAUGAAUAUCUACGCCCAGUUUGGUGGAUUGCACGCGUUAACACACCAGGAAGUGAUGACUACAUUCUGGUUCUGUUGAGCUCUUUCGAGUGCGAUCGAUUAAUUUCAACGUUCAGAGAAAGCCAACAAUCCGUUUUAUGCAUGUACAGAUCGCGACUCAGCAAAUUGCACGACAAUUUACUACAUCAAACCAAUUUGCAAGUCACAGGCAUGACUGAGCAGAUUCCACCAAUCAAUGUUUGUGAUGAAGUUCAAAUUGGCAUUUUCUCCGGCUCGAUGUACUUCAACAAUGAAGCAGAACAGAACGCUUACUGCAGCUUCUUAGGCGUCAUCCCACGUCCACGGACUGAAGAACAAGAAGAAGCAUUCAACAAAGGUGUAAUAAAACCAAAUGGAUAUGUCACAGCAGAGAAUCGAUCACAUUCAAAAGCCAUAUCCGAAGCGGUGACCGCAUGCAAAUUCAAUAAAAAUCCCGUCGAUUUGGCCAUCAAAUUGACCGAAGCACAUCAUCAUUUGAUACGCAAAGAGUCGCAUGUCGCAUCGAUCUUGGAGCGUGGAUUCAAAAUGCCGAUCACCGAAAAUUCAACCGAUUAGAGUCAACUGAGUGAUUAGAUUUGAAAUCAUUGAUCCUUUGAACAUUUGUUCCAUUUUACAAAUUUUCUAAGAACAUUUUUCAUAUUUUUCCACACAUUUUACCGAUUAGUUUCUUCUAAUUAAACAUAUACCUACAAAAAUCUACAAAAAUGAUAAUAUUUUAUAAGUUUUUCAUGUAUGCCAAGUGCAGAAAUUAAAAGUGAACGAAUUCUUAUGAAUAUUUUUGAUACAAAAUAAAUAAAUUGUUUGAAAAACAA